AUGCUCAGCCCGCGCGCGAUGCCUCAAGGCGAAGAGGCAGCUCCCGUCGAGAAUGGAAUGGGCAAGGCAGCGCACCCAGAGUCGAGCGGGCUCAGCUCGGCCCGCACGCAGUGCUCAGCACCAGACCUGCUCCUGCUCGCCUUCGGCGACGACCAGGGCGCCGCCGCGCACGAGAAGCGCUGGGGCCCCACCGCACCGCCGAGGGAUGGCAACGAGCCGGCGCCCUUCCACACGGCGCUCCGCGAGGCGGUGCCCCGUCGAGGGCCGGCGCCCGAGGGGGGGGGGGGCCUGCAGUGCCGGCGCCGGAGGUGGCCCCGCUCGGGCGCCUCGGGUCCGAGGCCUUCUGGGAGCAGAAGGCCGCCGCCGCCCGGCGGCCGACGUGCCCAGCCUUGGGAGCUGGGCUCGAGGCAGCGCCGCCCGUGCCUCGGCGAUGAGAGCCUCGCGCCAACGGCACGACGUCAGUGGUGCCAGUGCGCGCGCCGCCGCCGCAAGUCUGCACGAGACGUGGUUCGCACCAGAUGCGCGGUCCCGUGGGUACCUCUGACGCGGUGGGUGAAGUAUGCUUCUGUCCUCGCGCAAGGAGGCGUGAGGCCCCUAGGUCGUCUCCAAGGUUGCUUGCUGGCUGCGCUUCUGCGAAUCGCUUACAGCUCUCUGUUUGUAGCUAAGCCUCAAAGUGAGACGUUGCGCGCCAGCUGCCUUGAUGCUGAUAUAGGGGAUACGACGGGAUCUCCAGAUUCCGCCAGCCGCCCCAGUAUCGGGAAUGAGGAGUGCGACGAUUGA